AUUAUUUUCCUUAAGUGCUGCACGAAGAUCAGAGCCCGUCCUACAACAAGAUUUAUAUCUGCUUCUAAAACCUCAAUUCUUGGUUCAUAAAUUAUAGUAAACUUAUCAAAUUUCUCCUGCAGUAUGUCGAUAAUUGCCAUUACGAGAACUCUUCUAGGCUAUUUUUUUAUCGUUUUAAGCAAAUCUGAAAGUGACGAUUUUUUAAAUAAAAUUCCUAAAGGACUUUCCAUUGGAUCGGCUGGAGCUGCUUAUCAAAUCGAGGGGGCAUGGAAUGUUAGUGGAUUAAAUAUGAAGGGCACAGCAGAUUUUAUUUGUGUUCAUAAUGCAUUGAAAGCACACGCAAGGGCGUAUCACAUAUACGACAAAGAAUUUCGACCUCAGCAACGUGGAACUAUUGGUAUAGUGAUACCGUGCAGGCACCAUUUUGCAAAACAUUCGAACGACAGCUUCGCUGCAGAAGUGGCUUUCCAAUUCGACUGUGGCUGGACUAGUCAUCCAAUUUUUUCCAAGCACGGGGAUUACCCCAAAGUCAUGAAAGAUAGAAUAGCGGAAAAUAGUAAGCUCGAAGGCUGGCCAAGAUCAAGGCUGCCUUCUUUUUCCCAGGCUUGGAUUGAUUAUAUCAGAGGCACUUCUGACUAUUUUGGAUUGAAUCACUAUACUUCCGACCUUGUGGAAUCAGUUCCUAAAGCAAAUGGUGCUGUAUGGUACAAGGAAUCUGGAAUAAUGGCGUCUAGGGAUCCAAAGUGGCCUGGCUCAAAUUCUUCAUGGUUGAUGGUUGCACCGGAAGGGUUUGGAGCACUUCUGAGAAAAAUAAAAGAAGAAUACGAAAAUGUGCCAGUUUAUGUGAUGGAAAAUGGAGUAUCUGACUCAAGUUUAAUAGAAGAUUAUCCAAGAGUGAAGUAUUUAUACUCAUACAUGAGAGAAAUGUUAUUAGCAAUAAAUCGUGAUGGAUGCAACGUAAAAGCGUAUACAGUGUGGAGUCUCCUUGACAAUUUUCAAUGGGCUCGCGGAUACAGUGAACGUUUUGGGAUCGUAUCUGUCGAUUUCAGUGAUCCUGAAAGGAAAAGAACUCCAAAGAAAUCAGCUCUUUGGUUGAAGGAUGUUCUUCGAGCUGGACAUCUACUCCCUUUAGACAACUACACAUUUUUUAGUUAACCUAAGAAGAAUUAAGAUUCUUUUAAAACUUUGAGUUAUGUCAAAGACAGUGUACGUUAAUUCGCAUAAGUCUGUAAAAAGAAAUUAUUCGCCCAGCUACUGAA